AUGGAAGUAGUUGAAGAGUUUCUCUCUCUCCGUCGUGAAGGUCGUGGUGAGGAGGCGUAUGAGAUGCUUGCACCUGGCGCAGCGAUGGGAUGUCCAUGGGGAGGAUUACAUCACGGAGAGAAAGUGCAUGAUUUAUUAAGGGAUGAAGCACGGUUUGUCAAAAAAGGUUAUCUGGAUCCAGUACCAAUUGAAAAAAUUGAUGAAAACACCUUUCAGAGGAAAUUUAAAUGGGAUCGUGGGAUGUAUGAAUAUGGGAAUUCUGGGUUUUGGGGUUUAGGCAAUCUUCCAACAUGGCGUGAAAUUUAUUUUAUCGAGAACGGUAAAAUUCGAUUGGUUACAGCAGAUAAACAACCAAGAGCCUCUUUUUGGAAAACCAUAGGGUUAUCGAGUAUUUUUUGA